AUGACAACUGAAUUAGAACAAUUGAAGAAAAAAGUCAACGAUCUCGAAGCACUUGUCAAAAAGCAGACGUUACUUAUCUCUACAACGGGGAAAAACGUCAUGCAAUUACAGUUGAAUCAGCAACGCAAUGACGUUCAAAAGUUUGAUGAAACUUUCAAUGCCAAGAAUAAUGUUCCACCAAUUGAUCCUACCGAUUUCGCUACUAAUGGAGACCUAGUCGAAUUAGUCGCUGAAUUGCAAGGGGAAUUGAAUAGAAUCGAGGAAAGAUCAAUAAGAAGAGUCGUUAACUCGACUAAGUUGGAUGGAAAUGAUACGUUGGCUCCUAUGCCUAAUCCCGAUGGGGAAAUCCCAUCAUUGGAGCAGAAAGAUUGGUUCCCUAUCUCUUUAUCUGAUUUCGAAAAUAUUCCAGAUGUGAAAUUAUACAAGUUGGCUAAAUUUUAUGAGAGGUUACCUGAAAAGGUGAAGGAAGAAGAAGAUUAUGAAAAUCUAUUGAAAAGGCAAAACGAAACGGUCCAAAUUAAUGAUUUAGAUGAAAAGGAGAUCAUGAAGGAGUUGAAGAAGUUCUCUGAAGAGGAGAUUAAUGAAAUGUUUAAUGAGGUAGCAAGAUUUUUAGGUGUACGUUCAAGGAGAGGUACCAACAUAUGGUAA